CAUCGCUCUCUCGCGCUCGCGUGCGUGUGGCAUGUGCGAUCGAUUUUUCGCAGAAUCUUGGUGAAUCGAACAACCGCGUUGUGCUUGAACUAAAGUCGUGGUGGAAAGACGUCUGUCCGGCCAUUCAGUGUGCUUGUGCCCUCAUUAAUCGCUUUUGAAGCAGUUCCAAUAAUCUUAAUUCGAAAUGGGUGUUCCAGCUGGAGACGUUGAGAAGGGAAAGAAGCUGUUUGUUCAGCGAUGCUCGCAGUGCCACACUGUCGAAGCUGGCGGUAAGCACAAGGUCGGACCGAACCUGCACGGAAUCUUCGGUCGCAAAACUGGCCAAGCUGCCGGAUUCUCCUACACAGAUGCCAACAAGGCUAAGGGAAUCACCUGGAGUGAAGACACCCUCUUCGAGUAUCUGGAAAAUCCGAAGAAGUACAUCCCUGGCACGAAGAUGAUCUUCGCUGGUCUGAAGAAGCCCAACGAGCGUGCCGAUCUCAUCGCUUACCUGAAAUCGUCGACCGCCUAAAAACAAACAAUGUAGGUCUCUAGCUCUACACAACAAAUUAAGCAACAAACUAAAACAAUAGCAACAACACUGCUCUGACUCAAACAACAUCAGCUGAAAAUCAUUGAAGAGAUUCACAGGACAAAACAAAAGAGAGUUGAAGCCCCUCGCCCAUAGAAAACCCAAUUAGGACAAUUUCUUAUUAUGGAAACAUCUAAUUUUAAUUUUAUUUAUAUAUUAGAUUAAAAGGUGUACAGCUCAGUUGUUUCACAAACUGUAUUGAUCGAGAUGCUACACAAUAAAGCAAAAAUGUGGAACACAGUUCAGUGGAGAAUCCCCUUCUCCACGAGUAGUAUUAUCAAAGCCCAAAUAUUACGAGUACAUUUGUUGAUCGAUGGAAGAAAGGCAAGGACAUACUCUUAAGUAGGUAAACAUUAACACUCUUUCAAUUCGAAUGCUUUGAUUUUAUGACUUUUCCCUCUUCGUCAAAAUUCGGGAAGAAGCGUUGUUUGGUCUGCUGCUAGCCAUCAGUGAUAGAAGUAAUUACUAUCACACAAACUAUACUAAAAGGAAACCGUUCUCUAUACGUUUUGAAUCGAACGUUCGCAAAUUUUACACGUAUUGGAUGAUGAUCUUGAAAACGAAAACACGAAACCCGGAAAUAAAUUUCAGAUUCAACCAGAAAA